CCUCGCUGACCCCGCCACAACUGACCCCAAGCCAGCCAUCGCGCAACCCAGAUUUCCUGAUGCCGCGAAACGAGCCUCCGCAUGGCAACCUUACGCUCAAUCGGGGUUCACAAGCCUGCGGCGCUGCAAUACCUGAUCGCUGAAUCCAUCCUCCGCGACGACUGCACCGAGCGCGACUACACCUGGGAUACAUACCAUGACGGAGGACCCGAGAGCCCUCCUGAGGAGGUGGUGACCACCGAAUAUCACGUUGUGUGGUCCCGUGGCGGUGUUGUGCGCAAGGUCUUCAACUUCGAGAUUGAGCAAGAGAAGGUUAUACAGGCAUUGCUCACCUGGUUUCCCACUGAGGAGCCUUCGACUGCUUCCUCGCACGUCUUACCAUCCGGGACCGACAUCGACCCGUCCCGGACCUUCCUCACCCAGGGAACGCAGCCGGCGACCGACCCAAACGCACCUGUCGACCAUGCCCCGCGCACCGUCGAGGUCAAGUCUCGCGCAUUAGUCGUCUUCCUCAAAUCGCAAGCACACGUCUUCUACCUCUCCGGCACAACACACGUGGUUAAUCUUCCAUUUGAGGUCGAUAAGGCAUUUCCCGCUGCUCGCGGCGUUAUAUUGCAGAGGAAAUUAUCCGCUCCAAAGCCUGGCCCUCUCAGUCCGCAACCGCCAUCAGCUCCGCCUAAUUCUUUCCUCACCAAUCCCCAGUCAUUCCUGUCUCAGACGUUUUCUCAGACCUUCUCUCAACCUCACCAUCGCCAUGGGUCCUCUCUGGGCCCUUCAAGAGCGAGCAAAGGUCUUAAGCCUGGGCCUGCUAGUCCUCUGUUCCUGGAAGAGCUGCUCAAAAGUACAGCAGUUCCCAGCUCCGACGGCCUGCCAAGACUUUUCUCAUUCACCGAUCCUCUUGCCGAGCUUGGUCUAGUAGUCAAUGUGGUGACGGGUAACGAACGAAGUGGCUUAUUGGCCGCAAAUGGUUAUGGCCAUCGAAGAUUGGAAGCCAUUGACAGGGCUGAAAAGAUCAUAUAUGUGUCUCCACAAAACGAAAUACUCUUCGAUCGGAGCGGAAGUGACAAACCGCUACUCUUGGUCAUCACGGCUAAUCGUGAGACCAAUGUAUUUACGAUCUGGUCCGCAGCUUAUCUUGAACCCAAAUCAAUCUCAUCUUCUCGAAAACACCACGCUUCACUUUCAGGGAGUAAAUCGCGACGCCGGAGCUCGUAUGGCCCGACUGCUCCUGGCACAGGCGCGACCACUCCAGCCGUUCGAGGGGCUGAUAGAAUGAGGGAAAGUUUCGGUGGUGCCAUGCGGAGCAAGACACAUCCAUCGUCUUUCAGUGCUCCCGCGCAGUCUAAAGAGCGGCUCUCGGACCAGGCAGUCGAAGAUGCGCUCGCUUCACAGCUGAACCCUGAUUACGAUAUGACACGGCAACCGAAAGAAUCACGACGUGUUAGCUCACUGCUCUCGCGGGCUGAGCUUUCCACCAGCUUCGACAAGUCUGCAUUCCAGGAUCUCGCAACCCAUCGUCAUAGUCUAGGUGGGAGCUUCUCGGCGAGCUUUGGAGCAGGCCAGCGGAGUCGACAUUCGCUUGGCAACGAUAGGACAAGUUUAGGCGGGUUUUCGCAGUCCCGCAAUCGAGCCUCGACGCCUGGUAGCAUCACCUCGCGAAUGAGUUUGGGCGGUGCUUCCAUGGACGAUAACCUAGAUGAGAUGAUGGAUGAUACAUUCGACACGUUGGAGGAUUACGAUGAGCUCGAUGACCUUUUCGCCCCACCUGAGGCAGGCGCUGAGCAAGAACCCAUGGAAGGGCUCCGCAAGGAGCUGGUCAUGAGCGUAGUCGCUGAGAUCUCAGUCCAGAAGUACCUAAAGAGCGGACACUUUGCUUUGGAUGACCCCAGUUCAAACAUACACGACCUGUCGAAAGUUUUCUCAUUAGCGGCGCCCUUCAACUCGGCUACGCUCCAUGAACGGAAGCUCUACCUCUACAUCAUGCAUUCAUCUCUGGGUGUUCCAUUGGAAUGCGAACUUUCAAUAACGCGCAAACGCCUAUCGCCGUCCGUCUCAAUGUCGCAAUCAAGUGCACAUGGUCCAAGCCCGCGAUAUGCCUGUGUUCCAAAGUUUGUCGGAGUGAAGCAAUUGAGCGGCACCAUAGAUGCGAUCAAGCUAGUUGAUGGUCAUGUUGAGAGGCUUGCUUGUCUCGCUUCAGUUGACCCUAGCGAGCCAUGCCUCUCCCUCACAGCCGGCUGGGGCACACACCUCCCGACAAAGUUCUCCAUUGGGCCGUUGAGAUUGUUUAGCCCUUAUAGCAUCACCCACGACGAGCAUUCAAGGGCGACUGCAGGGCUCAAAAGGACUAUCGCUGCACACAAACCGCUUCAGGGUCUUCAGUCCCCCAGCCUUAGCGGAGCAUUCGAGCUCGUGGAUGGAGAGUCCCGCCGACACCGCCUCCAGAUCCAACUUUUGCCCUCAAACCCAAUCGUGGCGAACCUAUUCCGGGUAUUAGCAACCAUCCUUCCGAACCAUUCCGGGAAUUUCCUGCUGGAGAUUUGGUGGAAUGUCCGCAAAUUGUUGGUGGCCGAACAGAACCAUAAAGCCGAUGCAGACUGGACUGCUUUCGUAACUACGCUGUUCACCCUAGCGGUUCCGUUCGUAGACGAAAAUAGCAGAAAGCCUUCCCAGCGCGGGACAGCCACCCAACGACGAAGUACCGGACGUAAAGCAGUCCAUACCAAGGUCGUUGAAAACCCAGAUGCAGAAACUUCAGCAUGGCGGUUAAUGUGUAGUCGGCACUCUGCUCGGCCACACGCAAAGAGCUGGGAGUCUGUACCUUGGCAAUGGGUCCUGCAAUCACGCCCUUCGUCCACUACCAUGAGUCCGCCAUCCAAACGCUCCUCAACCGAGCCAACACCGCCAAUCGCCCAACAGAUCGACGGCAAGCAGGUGGCGCUUACCUCUUGCGCAGACCUUGCCCGUCAGUUCAGUCAAUCUCCAAUUGGAAAAGCCGCGAACGACCACUGGAGACGGCUCUCACCGUCCGAGAAGCAGGACCUCCGUAUUUCCACCCUUUCGGAGAUUGUCGUGACGCUCCAUCUAUUUCGUGAAGAGUGCAAGCUAGAUGUCCUCUCGCCGAACUUCUCCUCACCGAAUGCGGGGAAUCUCGCAUUAGUGCUUGCACAGUUGGGGCACUGGCUCCGUUGGGAUGCAUGUGGUUGGAGACAGGGAAGCUAUUAUGAUCUCGAUGGCGGAUCAACCGAAGAAUGCACUUAUGAAGACUCGCAGUUUAACUCUAACGUGCGGUUGCAUUCUCAGCCAUGGGAGACUCCUCCUUCGAUUCUUGAAUGGAUCAGUAUGGUAGUAGGCAAUCAGACCUACGCGCCCUUUCCUACGCUAGCCAUGCGCAUACGGAAGUCCAAGGCAUCCCCGCACUCAUCAGUCAACAUAGACGAGGUCAUAUCAGACACCACGCCCCGGACGAUCGCAUUGCACAAAUUCUUCCGCGACAUCGAUCACGGUGCCGACCCGCGGAAGACGGUGGAGCUUGUUGAAAAAUGUGGAAUCAGCACACAAAUGCUCUCAACGUUACCGGAAGCAGCGAAAGCGCCUCUCAUGGAAGCAAUCACCAGAUGCCAGGCCAACCCGCCUACGACCUGGUCUAGAUCGCUGCUGAAGCUUGUGCAAAGAGAAGAUCUCGACUUGAGCCUAGCUUCAAUGGACGACUCCAAUCAGGAUACCCCUCAAAGCCACGGCUACGGGACGAUGGCUAUACUGUCAGCUUCACAUUCCCCUGUGGCUUCGCGGGAUGUUCACACGAUAUGCCAAGCGGUCGACCGCUCAGAAUCAGUUGGGACCAUGGCUGAAGCGGAUCGCCACAACAUCACACGGCUCAUAUUCAAAGAAGAUCGUCGUUUUAUGGAGGCUUACACUCUUCUAGAGCCCGCCAAGCCUGCGGUCGCCUACUAUGCCCACGACAACAGAUCCGAGGAGGCUGCCGUGUUAGAAGCACAAAAGAUUCUGAUACAAUGGGUCAUGGUGCGCCAACUCUCGCUACCUGCGGGAAGCUCAAUGGUGAAGUUCAACAGCAAGAGACCUCUUCUGACUGAGAAGUUUCCAAUGUACGGCUUCUCGUCCUCUUGCCUUAUGAAGCCUAUGGGCAAUGUCGUCACAGCUGACCGUGCGACUUACUCGGAAGAGAAGUUCUUUUGGGCCUUCUUCCACGCGGGAGUUUCAGCUGGUCUGAGCAUAUCUCGCGAUGCGCAAGGCAUAGACACGUCCUGGAUCAUGUACAACAAACCGCCUGAAUUGACCAACAGACAUGCAGGACUUUUGCUCGGCCUUGGUCUGAAUGGACACCUGAAAAACAUUGCAAAGUGGCUCUCUUUCAAGUAUCUUACGCCGAAGCACACGAUGACUUCUGUUGGGCUGCUUCUCGGCUUGUCUGCGUCCUACAUGGGCACAAUGGAUACACUGGUCACGCGGCUACUAUCAGUUCACGUCACCCGAAUGCUGCCACCUGGAGCAGCAGAACUCAACCUCUCGCCAUAUACCCAGGCCACCGGACUAAUGGGCAUCGGCCUCCUGUACUACAAUACCCAGCAUCGGCGAAUGAGCGAAGUGAUGCUCUCGGAAAUUGAGCACGUAGACGAACCGGACCCCUCUGAGCCUCCGGACAGCCUUCGCGAUGAGGCGUAUAGGCUUGCUGCAGGUUUUGCUUUGGGAUUGAUCAAUCUAGGGAAAGGGAAGGAUCUCCGAGGUCUCCACGACAUGCGAAUCGUUGAGCGCCUUCUCUCUGUUGCGGUUGCUCCUAAGCUGGCGGGCAUUGUUCACAUACUUGAUCAAGCAACUGCGGGCGCAGUCAUCGCCCUUGCGCUCAUCUUCAUGAAAACGCACGACGAAACUGUUGCUCGCAAGAUCGACGUCCCCGACACACUCCCACAGUUCGACUACGUACGGCCGGACAUAUUCCUACUACGCACGCUAGCGAAGCAUAUCAUCAUGUGGGACAGGAUCCAAGCGGACAACGCCUGGGUCAUCAAGAACCUGCCUCCCGAAUAUCGCGGAGAGUACAGCCUGAAGAGCAUUACGAAACUCCGCAGCGAACAAAUGCCUUUCUUCAACAUCCUCGCCGGCCUUUUGUGGAGUGUCUCUCUCAAGCAUGCAGGCACGGGCGACAUUCAAGUCCGCGACUUCCUUAUCAAAUACCUCGACCAGUUCAUCCGCAUUUGCAAGCUUCCCGCGCUGCGCUACGACUCCAAACUCGUCCGCAACACUGUUCGCAACUGUCAAGAUCUCAUUGCUCUUUCCGUGGCCACAGUAAUGGCAGGCACCGGUGACCUAGAGCUCUUCCGCCGCCUGCGUGGCCUUCACGGGCGCGUCGGCCCAGAGACACCAUACGGCUCCCACCUAGCGGCCCAUAUGGCCCUCGGCACCCUCUUCAUUGCUGGCGGAACUUACACGUUCAGCACGUCGAACAAAGCUAUCGCGUCGCUCAUCUGCGCCUUCUACCCGCUCUUUCCGCUCGACGUCCACGACUCUCGCGCUCAUUUACAAGCCCUCCGCCACUUCUGGGUCCUCGCGGCCGAACCCCGCUGUCUCGUCGUCCGUGAUGUAGAUACGGGCCGGGCCUUCUCCACCUCCAUCAGGGUGCAUUUUAAAGGUGGCGGUGCCGAAAAGGAGAUGACGACGCCAUGUCUCCUCCCAGAACUCGGUACCAUUGCGCGCGUGGAGACUGCGGAUCCAGGAUACUGGCCUACGACACUCGACUUCGUGCUGAAUCCACUGCACCUACAGGCUUUCCAGCGCAAUCAGACUAUGCAUGUGCGGCGCCGCUCCCCGCAUGACCAGUAUGCGAAUGCCUUCUCUGCCGCCCUUGUUGCGCUCAACGAUGCGCAAUCGAGCCGCACGUCGCGGCUUAUGUGGGACUGGCUAUUUUCUCUUCCCUCUCUGUCUGAGUUCGACAAGGCCGACAUUGGACUGAUACUACCUACCGAUCCGUUUUCGUCGACAUUCCUCGACCCUGGUGCAACGAUCGUGGACCACAGGUUGGCGCUAAGGACUCUAUGCAGCAGUUGGAAAGCGCAAGAUCUUUGGGAGCUCAAGAGCGUGUUUGAGUGGGCUGAAGGCGCAGCCAGUAGGGGUGACGGACGGUUGCGAUGGCUCGGUAGAGAGGUAUUGGAGAGGUUAAAGGCCGGGGUGUUGGAGCGCGGAAGGGCAAUGGAAGGUGUAUGAGUACUUUCGUAGACUCUCGUUGGAUGCGCGGCUGCUUAGUAAUCCGGGAAUAUCUUUCAUCCGAGCAUGGAGUUCUAAGGUUUCGUCGCAUAACAGACCGAAAUAAACAGUUCUGCUGAAACGCUGCAAUGAAAUGCACGCAGCAGCCCGCAUGCAGCAUCCCUCCAGACGGAGAAACGUACGAUGAAUAUGUACAUGCUGCAGCUGAGUGAAGG